AGCGGGGGCACUUCGGCCAUUGGGUCCGGAGCGGCCGGCAGCGAUGUGGACGUCGCUCGGUGCUGUCACGGAACCCGCCGGCCCCAGGGCAGCGAGCGGCCGUUUCUGGGCCAUCACCCUGGGGGCAGCGAUUGGGCUUUUCCUCCUCGGGUUCCUCGUCGGCUGGUUUGCAAAACCUGUAGAAGAGAAGACACCUUUGAAACCUCAUGUGGAGAUGAAGGCCGCAUUUAUGGCUGAGAUGAAAGCUGAAAACAUCAAGCACUUUCUUUUCAAUUUUACACAGCGUCCUCACCUUGCAGGAACAAAGGAGAAUCUCCAUCUGGCACAGCAGGUUCAAGCUGAGUGGGAGGAGUUUGGUUUGGAUUCUGUUCAGUUGUUUCAUUAUGAUGUCCUGCUCUCUUAUCCAGAUGAAAAUAAACCCAAUUAUGUCUCAAUAACUGAUGAGCAUGGAAACGAGGUAUUCAACACAUCAUUAUCAGAGCCACCUCCUGCAGGGUAUGAGGCUGUUGAAGAUGUGGUGCCACCCUACAGUGCAUUUUCAGCCCAAGGAAUGCCUGAGGGUGAGUUAGUGUAUGUCAAUUAUGGCCGCACUGAGGACUUCUUUAAGCUAGAACGUGAAAUGGGAAUUAACUGUACAGGAAAGAUUGUUAUUGCCAGAUAUGGGAAGAUCUUCAGAGGAAAUAAGGUGAAGAAUGCUGAACUGGCAGGUGCCAAGGGAAUUAUUCUCUACUCAGACCCUGCUGACUACUGUGCUCCUGGAGUAGAUCCAUAUCCAAAUGGCUGGAACCUUCCAGGUGGAGGAGCCCAGCGUGGAAAUGUAUUAAACCUGAACGGUGCGGGAGAUCCUCUGACACCAGGCUAUCCUGCAAAAGAAUACACCUACCGGUUAGACAAAGCCAGUGGUGUAGGUCUCCCAAAAAUUCCAGUUCAUCCCAUUGGUUAUCAUGAUGCUGAGUCAUUACUGCGUAAUAUGGGAGGAUCUGCACCACCGCAUAGUAGCUGGAAAGGAAAUUUGAAUGUGUCUUAUAAUGUUGGCCCUGGUUUCACAGCAAAUUAUUCUACAAGAAAGGUAAAAAUGCACAUUCAUAGCAACAACAAAGUAACAAGAAUUUACAAUGUGCUUGGUACCAUCAGAGGCUCCGUGGAACCAGAUAGAUAUGUCAUCCUGGGAGGCCACCGGGACUCGUGGGUAUUUGGUGGCAUUGAUCCUCAGAGUGGAGCAGCUGUGGUUCAUGAGAUUGUGAGGAGCUUUGGAAAACUGAAAAAAGAAGGAUGGAGGCCACGGAGAACAGUGAUAUUUGCAAGCUGGGAUGCAGAGGAAUUUGGCUUGUUAGGAUCAACGGAGUGGGCUGAGGAAAAUGCCAAACUAUUGCAAUCACGAGGAGUGGCUUAUAUCAAUGCAGAUUCCUCCAUUGAAGGAAACUAUACACUAAGGGUGGAUUGCACACCACUGAUGUACAGACUGGUGUACAGUGUAACCAAAGAGAUACCAAGUCCCGAUGAAGGGUUUGAAGGAAAAUCGCUUUAUGAGAGCUGGUAUAAAAAAAAUCCAUCAACAGAAUAUAAGGAGGUCCCAAGAAUAAAUAAACUGGGUUCUGGCAAUGACUUUGAGGUCUUUUUUCAACGUCUUGGCAUUGCUUCAGGCAGAGCACGUUACAGUAAAAACUGGAAUGUAGAAAAAUAUAGCAGCUACCCAGUUUACCACAGUGUGUAUGAAACCUACGAAAUUGUGGAAAGAUUUUAUGAUCCUUCCUUCAAGAAUCAUCUGACAGUAGCUCAGGUACGGGGAGGGCUGGUGUUUGAACUGGCCAACUCUGUUCUACUUCCUUUUGACUGUAGAGAUUAUGCAUCAGCUCUGAACAACUAUGCUCAUAUCAUCUAUAAUAUGUCAAGGAAUCAUGAGGAAGAACUGGCAACAUACAAUGUAUCCUUUGAUGCUCUCUUUUCAGCUGUGAAGAAUUUUACAGAAGCUGCUGAUAGCUUUCAUGACAGACUGCGACAAAUAGAUAUCAACAACCUACUUGCUGUCAGAUCGUUAAAUGAUCAACUCAUGUUUCUAGAAAGGGCUUUCAUCGAUCCACUUGGAUUACCUGGAAGGCCAUUCUAUAGACAUGUUAUCUUUGCUCCAAGCAGCCAUAACAAGUAUGCAGGAGAAUCGUUUCCAGGGAUCUAUGAUGCCAUGUUUGACAUUGAAAACAAAGCUGAUCAAGAUGAAGCCUGGAAAGAAGUGAAGAGGCAGAUCUCCAUUGCAGCCUUCACUGUGCAGGCAGCAGCAGGAACACUGAAAGAAGUAGCAUAAAUAUCAACGUUAUUGUCAAUGAAGACUAUUUAUGACAGUGUGCAGAUGCAUCAACGUCAGAACAUGAAAACACUAAGACAAAUACUAAAAGUGCCACAAAACCCAAAUGGUCUUGUCCUUUGCAAUUUAUACAACAAAAUGGGAUGCAUUUAGCACUGUUAACAAGGUAAUGAUGUUUUUCAUUGCACAAGCUCAGGCUUUAGAUAAAUUCUGAAGUGAGAGUCUACAUUAAAAAAAACGUAGUUUCUCUGCUUCAUAUUUUAAGGAUCUCUAACCACUGGAUUUAUUUUAAGAGCUCUGGAAUCUGUUUGCUUCAUUAAUUUUUUGACUUUAUAUUUUUUAUCUUUGAGUUGCAUAUUUGUACUCUGUGAUAGUGUUUUCACUUUUCUUUUACAUGAAGAUGGAAGAUUCUUUUACAUAUGAAGAUGGGAAAACUGUCACAUAUAGUGUGAGGAAUGUAUUACGAUCAUAACAAAUCUUGGACUGCCAGCCCAGAAUACACAUCCAUGAUGUCCUUUUCUUCACACGCUAAGUCUUUCAGCUGUUUGCAAAUAGAUUUAAGCAAGAAACUUUUUAGUCACUGGAGUGAAAAUUAGGUGAUAUAUCUUAUGGGAAAGUUAAUGAUCUCACAAAACAUCUUUCAAGAUGAAGACCUGGUUUUAUACUUUCACCCCAAACAUACCUAUAUUAUAUCUUGACCAUACCACAGCAUUCUUCAUAUGAAGACAAUCAGAAGAAAACCAAAUUCAUCAUGUCCUUUAUGUGAAAAUUUACUAAAUUAUUAAAAGCACCAUAGAACCUGUGUUUCUGAUUUGGGCAUGCAGCUUACUCUUAAACCAAGCUGCUAGAAGGGACAACUGAAAUCAGAUGGAGAAGACUCAGAAAACCAGGUCAGUUUAUCUGACAGUCUGCCACUGCAGGAAUUAAUAAGCUCUUUGAUGGCAAAUAAUUCUGUGAAAUUUGAUUUGCUAUUUCAUCUGAGUCCUCCACCAUUUCUUAGAAGAUUCAUCUGUCAUCUGGUGGAUUUCAGUGUCAUGGAAGAUUUUUUUUAUUUUCCAUAACAAUUAAGUAAUUCUUAAACAUUCUUUAAAACCCUUUAUUGUUAAAUCAUUUUACUUGGCAGUUAGUCUUUCUCAAAAUAAUCCAGUUUAUCAGGUAAUGGGAAGUGCUCUUGCAACCACAGUUAUUACCCAGUUACUUACACAUUUUUAUGGAACUGAUUAAAACUGGAAUAAGAGCAUAAAGACAUGUUCUCCCAAAUCUACUCAUGUGGGUUGGAGGCAUUGCUGUCACUGUUUUAUCACUGCUGUCUGCUCCACUGCUCCUUUUGUCAAUGAAGCAAUGAAUUGUGAUGUUUUAUGGUCCAAUUCUUGCAAAAUUAGUGAGGUUGGUUUAGGUCAUCAAUUAAGCUAACCUAUAGGAUUUUGUGUCUGAAGAUCUCUUCCAAUUGAAUUCUCUCCUCUCCUCUCCUCUCCUCUCCUCUCCUCUCCUCUCCUCACUUUAUUCUGUUCUGUAAGAACAAUUUUGUGUGCACUGAGAAAUGGCAUUUCACAUUACUCAUUUACUAGGAGGACAGUAAGAAGCACGGGUCACAUGACAUUUAUGAAUGAAGUCAAGCAAACUGGCAUGUGCCAGCAAAUGAAGCAUUCAGUUCCUAUCAGCCUAGUGGCAAAACACUGGUUAAAUAAAUAAUAUGUAACCAUUCUAAGCCCUGUCUGUUAAUAUGUUCUUGAGAACUUGGUAACUUUACUGACAAAUAUUUCCAGUUCAGUGAUUCUUAGAGUUCAAAAAACAGCCUUAACCAGCUACAUGCACAAGGAGAUAUGUCCUAUGAGCAAGUCUUCCAAGACACACUAUGGGAAGCCAGACAGAGGAAUCCUCAUUUGUUUUUGACGGCUACCGAAGACAAAUUCAUUAUGUCAUUGAUUUAUAGACAGCAGCAGCUGACUUAAAUAGAAGUCAAGAGUUUUAAAAGUGUUCAGUAAGCAGAGGGAAGAACCCAGCUGGCAUUAAUAAGAGAAACAAACAAACAAAAGAUAUAUUUUUUUAAAGAAAGUACAUCUUAUGUCAUUGAAUUGAAUGCUGUCAAGAUUUUCCAAAGAACUUCAUAUGGCCAUACUAUAAUAAUAAUAGUGUGGUAGAGCAGAGUAGCCAAGUCUAACAGCUUCAUUUAGAGUAUGUGUCAUUCUUCCAUGUGAGGUCCUGAGGGUGGGGAACUGCAAUACAUAGAGCAAUAUCAUUCACUCAGAGGACUGUAGAGUAAUUCAGACCUGAAGAUAAAUCAGAGGUCUGUAGCACAAACUGCUGUUCAAAGCAGGGUCAGCUUUGAGGGUAGAUCAGGUUGCACAGGACUUCACCUUGUCUGGUCUUGAAGAGCUCCUAGGUCAGAGACUGCAUAACCAGUCUGUGCAAUGUGCACAAGUGCUUCAUUCCCUAAUGAAGGAAAACCUUUUGUUUCAGUCGAUGCCUUCUCUUUUUCAUGCUCUUUCUUGAGAGACUUUUUGUAGACACCGUUAUGUUUCUUUUGGUUUAUGCUUAAUGUGCAGUUCUUUACUCUUUCUUCCUCACUGGGUACAUUCCUCUUGUAGAAGAAAGGGUCAAAGUCUGCAAGCUGAACUUAGCUGCCGGUAAUGUAAACUUUAUUUUAUCUGGAAUCUGAUAAGGGACUUCUGAAGUUCAAGACAGCAAUCUCCAACUCAAGGCAUCAAAAUCUGCUGCCCUUUUAAUCUAGCAGCCAGACAGAUUGCAGAGUCCAUGAGAGAGAGCUCUGGGGAGACUGUGAAACUGGCAGAGUCAGAAGGGAUCUGUUGACUUGAAAUUGCAGUUGAGCAUUCCUUGACUGCUAAGAGAGAUGCUCAGUGAGGUCUAUGCAGCUUCUUCUACCUCCUCACAGAUGUGAUUUUCCAUUCCAGGCAUGUUGUACUUCAGCUCUCAUCGUGUCAGGCUCAUUUUUCUCUGGCUUCAGUUAUUCUUAGAUGUUUUAGCAUAGUUAAGACCUGCCAGUACAACUUUGGCUUUGUGAUUUAGUAAUGUCUCUUGUGGGCUACUCAGGGCAUGUAUCAGAAAGCAGCAAAUGUGGAGGAUGCAGACUGCAUUUCUUAUGAUGCAUACUUUAGAAUUGGUAGUAUGAGCAAGGAAGAGAAAGUAAGGGACUUAAAUAAAAACAAAACAGAAAAUGAUGGGGAUGAAGGGGAUUAAAAAAAUCAGCAGCAAAAAAUACUAAAGAGAACCCCCUCUUCCAGCUUAGGCAGUGAGGAAAAUGAAAGUGGGUCCAGGAGGUAUCAUCCCCUUCUCUUGAAAAACAGUUCUGCCCUGUUCCCCCUUCCAGAAGUGAAGAUAGCAGCAGCUAUAAAUUCUAUUAUCAAGCCUAAACUCCUGUUUCUCUUAGAUGAAUGGAGUUUAUUUAGCCUUUAAAUGUCGUUUUUCUCAUCUUCCUACCUAGUGUGUAGAUGAGAUAACUAAUGUAUACUCUUGCAAGCAAUUUCAGUUCUAUAUAUAAUAGAUAUGAUCCAGGAGAGUCAGCAAAAAAUGUUAGGCAGUAAUGCCACUCCUUGAACUGGCCUCCAUGGCACGCCAAGAUUAUUGGAGGCAUAGAUUCGUACUAUGCUGUGUUUGCAUUUAAAUGAAGUAUCAUGUACUUUGCCUGUGGCCAAACCAAGGAGGCUAAGAACAUGCUGCAGAUAACAACUAAUAGUAUUAGAACUUUGUCUUAAAUUGUAGAAGCCACUUGGUUACUGCUUUAUUAAACAUGAGAUGCCUGGUUCGGUCUCUGUAUAGCUGAUAUUGUGAAGAUAAAGAAAGGUACAGAAAUAAAUACACUUUGUACUGUCUCA